CAGCAUGCACCGCAGAUGCGACUGAGCCCGGAAACACCAGCGACUCACGUCCGGGGGCGGGUUCCGCUGCGGGACUACAGCUCCCAUGAUGCCGCGCGCAGCAGGCGGCCCGCCCCCCCACGGGGUCGCUGCAGGAUGGAGAAGCGGGCGGAGAGCGCGAGCGGCUUCAGGAAGGAGACUGUGAACAAAAUACUUCAUCUCCACUUCAAAGAUGACAAAACUCGAGUCAGCAAUGAUGCUUUGCUGCUAAUGGCAGAAAUGCUGAACGUAUUUGUUCGAGAAGCUGCAGCCCGCGGAGCACGGCAGGCUCAGGCCGAGGACCUGGACAGGGUGGAUAUCGAACACGUGGAGAAAGUGCUGCCGCAGCUGCUUCUGGAUUUUUAGAGGCCUGAUCAAGCAGAAAGGGAUGCAUCAGCUGCUAAGAGGAGAAAGUCCUGAUCUGGGAGUUAAUCUGAUACUGAAUGUCUGGACUGGCAUCCUGUUUAGCUACGGGGAUGGGCAUUGUUGUUGCUUCACUAUGCCCUUGCCAUCUUGCUGCAGUAACUGCUGCUUCCUCACCCCUCUCAUCUGAGCAGAGCAAGCCCUCAGCAACUGCAGAGUAAGAUGCCAUUCUCAUUUUGAUUGUUGUAGACCAAAUGACUAUAGCAGGGCAUCUUGCCCUCAAAAGCUGGGUCCCAUCCUGCUCCUGCAGUAGCAGUUUACAGCCCAGAAUGAAUAGCAUGGCCAGAGCAGUGCUACUUUCUCCACCAGAGAGAGAAACAGGUGCCAGUCUGUGUGGAAAGAGUGAGUGGCUGGAAACCUUCCUCUAGCUGUGGGUACUCAUCACCUCAGGAGGCUGCUAUGGCAGGAGUUUAAAGUCCAAUUCCAUGGCUGUCUGAGUAGUUUAAACAGGAGCUCAGCUGAAGGGCUGUGCCAAAAGCAGGUACCUGAUUUUUAUUUUAUAAAUAAACAGUGCCUCUCCCCCAAUACUUUCCAGCAUUCCUCCAGGGCAGUGACAUCAAAGAGUGCUUAGAACCUUUUAACUGUUUGAUAUUCUUCUCAGAAGCUGCUUCCCUCUGCUAUAAAUUUGUUCUCACAAAGAAACAUCAAUAAAUCAAAAAUAAGUCUCCCUGG